UGAGACUAUGCAUCUAGAGCAUUGAAUCCACCAAUUCUUCCAUUCUAAUAUGACGCCAUGCUUUAAACUUCCAAUUCCCUUGGUUGUGUCUGGGUAUUUGCUAGUCAUUUUAGGCAUGCCUGAAAUUUUGUUUUUUAUUGUGCCCUUGAGCGAUGUCAAUGUGAUUUCAAUGCAUGGCAUCGACAAACUCCACCAGCCAGCCGAUCCCGAUUCUUCCUCCGCCUCCCGCUCCUCUGAGUCUCGGGCCGUCUCGCGCACGGCGCCAGCUCGCUGCCCGACUAGCCAAACAGAAGGCGCAGGUUGCCGAAAACGGGGAGCACGACGGCGAAGACAAGGACCGCGAGUCCGAGCAUUCGAACCCCCAGGGCACAGAUGUCCAAUGGCAUACCAAUCCUUUUGUCAUUGCAGGGUUGGACGACGACGCUGACGGGCAAAGUGCCCCAGCGGGAGCGGCAUUCCCCUCGACCGACCUGUCCAAGGAUGCCCCCUUUUCCUCCCCUCCUUUCGCAGAAUCCGGAUUCAGCCCUCCGGACUCCUUAUCCUCGAACUCUUCCGACGACGGGGAGGACGAUUCCGGCCACGCCCGGGGCAAGGAGCGCGCCCCCCUAGAAGUCGACGACGACGACGAUGACGACAUGGGCGAGAUGGUCGGACCAUCCGGCGGGUCAGGCAUGAAUGACUCGUCAGACGAGGAAGACGAAGCCAUCAUGAACGAGUCCCUGGGGUACCCCGACCUAGGCGCAGAACGAUACAAGACCUUCCGACGGUCCCGGGCCGGGGCGUCCCCCUUUGACGAUGACGACGACGACCAGAAUGAUAGCAGCGACGGGGAGGACGACGGACUGGUCGAGAUCCUUGUUCCUGGACGAAAGCCUUCAUUAUCUGACUGAACUGAACUAACUACGAUUGCCAAUGGGGCCAUGGAGAUGAAAUAUGAAUGACAAGAUUCCCUAGAUUUGUGCCAGUUAUGUGAUUUUUUCCUUGUUGUUGUUUGUUUGUUUUGGGCGGGGACUGUGGUUUACGUUUGUUUUCUUUUUUUCGUUGAUGUUCUGUUUAUUUUUCUGUGUACUUUGUGUGUGACUGGUUUCGAUCCGAUGAUUGAUGUACUAUAUUGACUGCAUUGGCAUACCUUAUGUAUAUGUUCUUUCCC